CAGCUCCGACGGCCGCCGCGUUCCUCCGCCCUCCGCUCCCGCAGCCGCUGCCCCGCCGAGCUCCCCGCGGGAUCCUUCUCCUCCCGACGAUGCCCGGCCGGUCUCCGCUCCGGACCGCGGCCGACGCUCCGAUCCGCUCCGAUCCCCGCUCGUAGCUCCGCGGUUCGGGACUCUCCCUCUGCAAAGCUCCGCCGUCGCUCCGUCCCGGCGCUGCCCGCACUCGCUCCGCUCCGCCCCGCAGCCGCCCCGCGCCGCCCCGUCGUGCAAAGAUCCGCGCUUUAAACGCCGCUCCGUGGGGAAGGAAGGGAAGAUCGCGAGCACGAGGCACACGCUGCGGGCGCUUCACCCGCUGGGAGUAACUGUGUUGGGGUCUGGGGAUCCCCGUGCGGUGCAGCAGCGUUGCGUUGCGUUGCGUUGCGUUGCGUUGCGUUGCGUUGUGUUGCGUUGCGUUGCGCUGCUCCGUGCAGUUCGGCGCAUUGUAACACGGCGCUGCCCGGCAGCUUUGCAGAUGAUUCUUUAUUUUUCGGUCCCUUCUGAGCUCGCUCCCUCCCGUCCCGACUCGCCCCGUGUCGGUCCUCCAGGUGCGGGGGCCGCGUCUCCGUGAUCCCGGUGCGGACCAUGGGAUUUGCCGCUGUUCCGCGCGGCGCCUUCGAUCGGGACCGUGUUGGACGCGCCGCUCCCGGAACUCGCGGCGUGAGAGCAGCAGCCGGACACGCCGCGGCGCCGCGCUCCGAACCUGCCCCGCUCGGUGCUUAAAGGGCUGCCGGAGUCCGGGCCCUUUGCGGCCGUUUCCCGUGGGCUGAAGCUCGGAGCUUCGUGCUCUGACCGUCCCGGAGCCGCGGCAGGAGCUGGACUGAGCCGGGAGCGCGGGGGGAAGAGCCCGAACCGCCCUGAAUGAAGCAUUUGUGGUGCGCCGAGGAUGGAUGGGAUCAGCCCGGGUUGCACCGGGACGGCGCAGUAGCGAACUUUGCUUCCUGCCGCAGACUCCAGCAGCUGCCCCGGCCCGGGGCUCAGGGACGAUCGCGCUGAUCACAGACGGCGAUCGGUGCGCGGGGCUCCCGCACGUGCCGGGAGGUGCCGGCGUGACCCGGAGAUGGGCGCGUUGGGCCCAGCGGGACCGACACGGGAACCACGGGGACACGGCGCCCACGCAGAGCGGGGCUGAGCUCCGGGACCCCCCUGCACCUGAAGUUUCCCCUGCUCGCCACCUGCUCGGCCUCUGCCGCCGCUCUGCCCGGAUUUACCUGCCGCAGGAUUGACUGGAAACUUGGGAUUCUUAUUCAGAAACUUUGGAUUAUUUUAUUAUUAUUUUAUAUCCACGCACGUACGUUUAUGUUUGUUCAAACUAUGCUGCCGAGCUCCCAGCGGCCUCCGAGCACGUGGCACCGAGGAAGAGAAGCGGCGAUGUGUCGGAGCCGGGCGGUGCAGUGAACGCUCGGCUGCAACUUCCCCCCUCGUGCCCCCCGCACCCCCCGGACCCCGCGGCUGGGAGCAGGGCCGAGGGCGCAGCGCGUCCCCAGCGGUAUGAGUGACCCGGGCACGCGGCCGCAGCUGGGAGCAUGAGCGCUGGCCCCCAGCUGCAGCUGCUGGUCCUCUGGCCUUGGCUGCUCAUGGCUUCUCUGCAGGCGGGGCUCGGCCGCACCGGGCCGGCGCUGGCGGCGGCCGUGGAGUCGGAGCGGGCGGCGGUGCAGAAAGCCAUUAUCAGGGUGAUCCCGCUGAAGGUGGAGCCCAUCGUGCUGGAGGGGGAGUUCGCCAGCGUGGCCGAGGUCACUCCCGCCGAGGGAAAGCUGCUCCAGUCCCACCCGCUGUCCCUGUGCAACACCAGUGAGGAUGAACACACGGAGUCGGGAUUCAUCACCAUUGUGAAGCUCGAGCAGCCGGAUCGCGAUCCCAACCCGUGCCUGUCGCUGGCUAACAAGGCAAAGCUGGCAGGGGAGCGUGGAGCUCGUGCAAUCCUUUUUGACAUCACCGAUGAUGAAAGUGCUGCCGAUCAGCUGAGAAAGCCCAGAGGUCUGAGUCAGCCCGUGGUGCUGAUCAGGGGCCACGACGCUGAGCUGCUCAUGGGUGUGGUGAACAAGAACAGAGAGGCCCACGUGAAGAUAGAGGUCAAGGAGCCACCGGCUUGGCCCGACUACGACGUGUGGAUCCUUCUCACCGUGGUCAGCACCGUUGUCGUCAUCAUUCUGAUUUUUGUCGUCCGCACAAAGUGCCAACUGAACAGGACACAGGACUCGGUGCAGCAGCAGACCAUGCAGGCCAUCGGGCAGCUGGCCACGCGCAAGUACCAGGCCAGGUGCCGGCAGGCGUCACGGUGGGACUCAGCCAGCAGCUGCAGCUCAGCCCCGGUCUGUGCUAUUUGCCUGGAGGAGUUCACUGAAGGCCAGGAACUGCGGAUCAUCUCGUGCUCCCACGAGUUUCACCGGGAGUGUGUUGACCCCUGGCUGCAGCAACACCACACGUGUCCACUUUGUAUGUUCAACAUUCUCGCCCGAGACUCAGUGGACCAGGCCGCAGUGGCAGGCUCCAGGUUGGCUCCCCGGGACAUGGAGCCCGGACGGCGACUGCACCUUUUCCGCCAGCACCCAGGACAUUCCCUUUACCACCUUCCACAUCCCUACCCUCAGAGGAACCUCAGGAGCUUCCCCUCAGAGCCAACCCACAGCAACCCCUUCUUCCACUCUCCGGAGCUCUCCCAGCUGGAUUUUGGCACUAUCCACUACAUGCCAUACAGGACAGCCAGCUCCUUGCCCGCCUGUGCACACACGUCCCCCCUGGCUUCCAGUGUGCGAGGCCAGCAGCACCCCAACCCUGCAGCUUGUGGGCAGCCCCCCCACAGGACGUGUUCCCUGCAGCCCACGCCGCCCUGCCUGGGGCUGAAGGCAGCCCUGGCACAGCGGCAGCACCGCACGCCCAUCCCACGCCGGGGGAUCAGCCACGGGCAGCAGCACAACAGCAGCGGCUCUGGGGAGAGCUAUCUCACGGAGCACAGCGGGUACCUGGCGGACGGGCCAGGCAGUGACUCCAGCUCAGGGCCCUGCCACGGUUCUUCCAGCGACUCCAUGUUGAACUGCACAGACAUCAGCCUGCAGGGCAUCCAUGGCAGCUGCUCCACUUUCCGCAGCUCCCUCAGCAGCGACUAUGACCCCUUUGUGUACUGCAGCUCAGAUGGGCCCACCGCGGACAACGGGCCGGAGCGGCAGCGGGCGCUGAGGGAGACACGACCCAGGUCCUUGGACCUGAUGGUGCCCGGCGGUGCCGCUCCAGCCAAGGCCCAGGUGCUCAGCCACAUCCACUACCACCACCACCAGCACCACCACUACAGGAGGGAUGUGGAUUGCCCACCCGGUCGGGCUGGCCCGGGCCCUGGGCAGCGCAAGUCCCGAUACUCUGGGUCUAAGGUUGGCUUUCACAGUGCUCGGACACAAAAGAGGGCUGAGAAGAGCCAUCACUGCCAGCAGCCCCUGGAAAGCAGGACAGAGUUGCAGGAGGCUCCUCCAGUGGGACAGCCAACCUGUCCCCAGCAGGGCCGGGAGCCCCCGCAUGCCCCCUCCGCUUCUCCCAGCAGGUUGGACUUCGGUGUAGAUGCCAACAGACAUUCAGGAGCAGCAGGCACGUCCCCUGUGCUGCUGCCCCAGAGACACAGCUUACAGAGCCGACACCACCGAAGGAAAAGAAAGUGUCCCCUGGAGCUCGACCCCGCUCUCCUGCCUGAGGACUCAGCCUUGCUCAAAGCCUGUGAUGCUCACAUUCCUCACAGCCACCCUGCUGGUCACCACUGCUCACCUGAGGUCCAACCCCUGAUUCCAAGCUCUCCCUUGCCCUGCAGCACGGGGUCUCGGCCGCUUUGGAAAUGUUUGGUGCCUCAAUCCAGCUCAGAGCUGAAAAAGCAGGAGGAGGGGAUGUCAGGACGGGAGGGAAACUGCGCGGUUCCUGCUGGUUUCUCAGGAACAGGCGCCCCAAGGCACAGCCUCCACCUGCACUGCCCGGCUCAGCAGUGUGGGCACGGAUCUGAAGAGGAGGUCCAGGAUGUCUGCGAACACUCAGUUUAACAAGACACUGGUGGCUCAUUUGUUUAUGGGAGAGCUGGAGUGGACAAAGAUGUUCAGCAAUCCAGCCGGAGCGGAGCUCACACCGCAGUGUCUGCACGUGUUGACCAGUCCUCAGCUGCACGGCCCAGCCGCGGUCAGACCGCACAUAAGCAAUGUGAUGCUUGUGGUCUCCUCAACAUUUCCACAUUGCAAUGGUCACAAAAACACAGAGCUGUGUUCUCCAGGUCCUCUUCUCCUGUGAAGGCACAGGCAGUUCACCUUCAUCCUGAGGCGUCCAUCUGCGUGGGCUGGCUCAAUCAGGGACCAGUCCUGGGAGUCCCCAGCUGGAGAGCUCACAGAGUGAGUGCAAGCUGCUAUUCUGGCAUCUUCGUGCCACAGAAGGGUUUGAGAAACACUUCAGAAAUAAACAAGCCUUCAAGAGCAAAAGCUGCAGGAAUGGCUUCCUGUGGCCUGGUAGCUCCCGACUUCAUUUCCACUCUUAGGUCAAAAGCCGGACUUCUUUGUUUAACUUUCCCACUCUUAUUUCAGAUACAGGAGCAGGGUGUCCUCCAUCCCAGCACUCACAGGUCCACCCUGGAAGAUGCUUCUUCCAACUCCAUAGGAAACCGACGUCUCUCACCACUUUUGGCCACUUCAUUGUCCCUCAGCUGAAGGCAGCUCAGCCACGUGCUGCAUUUUGCCAGCAGUGGAGAUGAAGACCCAGAGACAAUGCAGUCCUUGAUUUCACGUGGCUGCUGCUUGUCACCCCACGUAACAAAACCAGUCCCAGUAAAAGUGUGUGUAAUAACUGCAGAGCAGAGCCCCAUCUAUCAGCCAGCCUUAUCUUUGUACUUCUGUGAGACACCUGGGAUGCCACUGGCUCUUGUUUCCUAUGUCUCCUAAUUUGGUGACAUUCAAGUAAAAUAAAAUCUGGCAAAUUCACACCACGAUACCCAAACAGCUUUUAUACAGCGAGGAUUUAGACUGGAGUUCACUGCCUUAACUGAUCAUCCAGGCCAAAGAAUUAGCCAGGAUUCCGUGUUUAUAGGGCACCAAAACUAUCUCAGGUUUUCAGAGUUAAUAAAGCCUUGGGAAGGGCAGGUCAUUAGAGCUGAAGGCAACUGCUGACAGAAACCUUCUCAGGCUCCUUGUCUGUCCUACAAAGCAAGCAGAAGGCACAAGUCCAGAUGUUUUCUCCCUUGCGGGAAAGCCAGUCUUGAAGAGAAGAAAGAAAGCCAGGAAUGGGUCCAGAUUCCCCCUGUUCAAAUUCUUGUGUACGUGGCACAUGGCUCGUCUCAACCAGCCCCUGCAUCUUCAACCAUCCCAGAGGGCUCAGAUGACUUCACAGACGGGGGUGAUGAAGUCAGGGUUGCUCCCACUGGUUUCUUUAGGGAAGGAAGGCUGAGAGCCUCCAGGGACGCGUUUCACUGCCUCAAAGGAACAAGUGCCUGGUUUGCAGUCUGAAAGUACUCAUUUCCCUCCUAGUCCUAACAAAAAGGAGGACUGAAUCUCAGCAAGCCCCAGAGCUCCUUGGAGAAAGUGGUCAGUACUAACAAACCCUCUCCACUCCCCACUGCAGUAUUACUGGGCUGUGCAGGGCAAUGCCCACCUUCAAGUGUUUUCAUUUCCUGAUUUUUAUGCUGCUGCUACUUUUCAUUCAGAAAACAGACAUCUCCAAUGCUGGGCCCUCUCGGUGGGGUUUGCUGAGCUGAAUGUGCAGGUUGUGCAGCUGGGUUCUCAGGUGGGAUGAGAAGGAGGAACUCUGCAGGAGGGUGGUUUGUGGAAUGCUAUCCUGUGGAUGGACUGAAAUCCUCAGCCACCUCAAAGGGAAGCGAUGUCUGAGCAGGUGGGAAAUGGCUCCUCUCUGUUCCUGCACCUCUCGCUUCAGGGCGAUGCCUUUGAGUGGUCAGUGCCCCUGGGCUGGGCACCACGCGUCCUCAGCACCACCGCAGUGAAACAGCAUCUGUUCUCCUUUAUCGAGUCCAGAGACCCAGCUGAAAACUGAUGGAAGCCGGAGCGUCCCAACCUCACUCUGCCCACAACCAAACCAUCAGACCCUCCCCAGGGACCACUUUCUUCCCAGGACCUUCAGCCCCACCAUUAUAGUGCCUGUGGGUGGUGCCUGGGCCAGCUGGACCAAUUCUGCACGGAGCCUCUGCUCCUUUUUAAAGUUCAGAUCCUUCUAAAUGUGAAUACAAGUUCGUUUUUUGUUUUGUUUUGCUGAGUCUGUCCUGGCCUUGGGAAUAAAUUAUCAACCGAAAAUGGAAGAAUAGGUUUUAUAUAUGUGCAGAACUGUGUAUUUAUGUGUGAUACAAACGAAGAUGUGUGAAUAUGCUGAUGUGCUCAGAAAUAUAUUUAUUUACUAAUAUAUUUAUCCACGUA